CUCCAUUUUGAGUAGAAAAUACAGACACACCCAGUCAAUUUCCUUUCCUUAAUUGGCCCUUGCCUCAGAUUAGAUCUGCUCGUUGGUCAGCACUUAAAAACAGUGCAGUUAUCACACCUUGGAUGGCUGCUGGACAAGUGGAUUCACAAGAAUCGUGGCUCCAACAAGAGAGAUAUCUCUUGAGACCAAGAGAGGAUUAUCAAACUUCUUGAAGAAGGUAACUACACAAAUGGUUGCCAAAGAUGUGGGCUGUUCACAGUCAGCUGUAGCAAAAAUAUGGACUACGUACAAACAGCAUGGCAAGGUUGUUAAAGUUAAGCGUACUGGUAGACCGAGGAAGACAUCCAAACGUCAUGACAAACAACUAAAGGCCAUACGUCUUGAAAACAGAAGAUGUAGAACAAGACAAAUAAAGAAAUGGGAGGAAGCUGGAGUCGGGAUGGUAAAUGGUGUUAUACUUAUGUAGCGCUUUUCCACCUUUCAAGGCACUCAAAGCGCUUUACACGAUCUCACCAUCCACCUUCUGGUGACGCAGCACCAGGAGCAACGUGAGGUUCAGUAUCUUGCUCAAGUACACUUAGGCGAGUUCAUCAGGGCGGAGAAUCGAACCCACAACCUCUGGGUUGGGGGACAACUACUCCACCAUUGAGCCACGCCACCCACGGAUGUGACAGAACUGUGCAAAAUCGCCCACAGAAAAUGGGAUUUUCAUACAAGAAAGCUAAAAGGAAACCAACAUUAACACUUAAACAGAAAAGAACAAGACUCCAAUGGGCUAAGAAUAUGUAAUCAUGGACUGUGAAUGACUGGAUGAAGGUAAUUUUCAGUGAUGAAUCAAGAAUCUGCAUUGGACAAGGUGAUGAUGCUGGAACUUUUGUUUGGUGCCGUUCCAGUGAGAUUUACAAAGAUGACUGCCUGAAGAAAACAUCAAAAUUCCCUCUGUCCUUGAUGAUAUGGAGCUCCAUGUCAGGCAAAGGCACUGGGGAGAUGGCUGUGGUUAAAUCUUCAAUAAAUGCACAAGUUUACAUUGAAAUUUUAGACAUCUUUCUUAUCCCUUCAAUUGAAAGUAUGUUUUGGCAUAAUGAAGUCAUUUUCCAAGAUGGCAAUGCAUCAUGCCACAGAUCUAAAACUGUUAAAGUGUUCCUUGGCGAAAGACUCAUCCAGUCAAUGUCAUGGCCUGCAAAUAGCCCAGAUCUCAACCCUAUUGAAAACCUGUGGUGGAAAUUGGGAAAAAAAUGGUCCACUGCAAGGAUGAUCUGGCAACUGCAGUCAAAGAGAGUUGGCACCAAAGUGAUGAAGAAUACUGUUUGUCACUCAUUAAGUCCAUGCCUCAGAUACUGCAAGCUGCCAUUAAAGCCAGAGGUGGUACAACUAAAAACUAGAGAUGUGUUUUGAUUAGGGCUGUCAAACGAUUAAAAUUUUUAAUCGAGUUAAUCACGACUUAAAAAUUAAUUAAUCGUAAUUAAUCGCAAUUCAAACCAUCUAUAAAAUAUGCCAUAUUUUUCUGUAAAUUAUUGUUGGAAUGGAAAGAUGAGACACAAGACGGAUAUAUACAUUCAACAUUCUAUAAUAAAUCAACUAGAUGGCAUUGACAUUAACAUUCUGUUAAAGCGAUCCAUGGAUAGAAAGACUUGUAGUUCUUAAAAGAUAAAUGUAAGUACAAUCUAUAGAAAUUCAAAUUUUAUAUUAAAACCUGUCUUAAUGUUUUUGUUUUGAUAAAAUUUGUAAAAUUUUCAAUCAAAAAAUAAACUAGUAGCUCGCGAUUGUUGAUGUCAAUAAUUACACAAUGCUCAUGGUGCUUAAACCCAUAAAAUCAGUCGAACCCAAGUGCCAGCAGAGGGCGACAAAACACCAAAAAACACAAGUAACAAGUGGACAUGACACUGUGCUGUCAUUUUAAUCUGUUUGAGUGGGGCAUGUGCGUUAAUUGCUUCAAAUAUUUUAACGUGAUAAAUUUUAAAAAUUAAUUACCGCCCGUUUACGCGAUAAUUUUGACAGCCCUAGUUUUGAUUGUUAUUUCUUUGUUUCUCAUGAUUCCAUAUACUGUAUUUUCCUCAGAAUGGAGAGAUUGUAUAUUUAUUUCCCUGCACUUGCUCUAUAAAAGUAACAUUUACUGACCACCACAAUGUUUCUUAUCCAUUUCUUUUAGUGUUUCUCAAUGCCAAGGGGUUGCACUUUUGAACUAAUUCAUUAUUUUUUCAAGCUUUUUAUCUGAGUUUCUUCUACAUAAUAAAAUGUCUCAGUGAGUGCUCGUCCAAGACUGGUGAUUCCAUACUUUUUGCUAGGGGUUGUAUAAAUUCACAUUCUUAAUCUUUUUCUAAAAGACAAAGUAUAGUGUGUGAUUGAAGUAAAAAUGCGACAUUUUUUAUUUUUCAUGUAUCCUCCCUAUUUUAUGCAUAAGGGCUCAACUGCAUUCGGACGGUUGACUACCUAUCAGUAGCAAAAAUGUUCAGGUACUGUAUCUUUGUUCACUUUUUUAUUUUUAAUACAUACAUAUAAGGCCAUGUGACAGAAAUCUGAACCUUAUAUCAAAUACAUCUAAAAGGACAUUUUGUAUAUAUAAAAUAUUGAUAAAUGAUGAGCUUUAUGUCAAUUGAAUCCAACAUAAACUUGCAUUAAUCCUACUUUCGUACUGUCAUACCGUAAUACAAAUAUAGAUACUGUAUCAUGUCAGGUUUACAAGCCCUCUGGGCACUGCACUAGUGUCUUAAAAUGUACUUAUCCUGCAAGCCAAAUUUCCCUAAAAAAUAACCUAAAUAAGUAUUAUUCAUUUGUUUGUUGGUGUUUUGUACAUUUUUAAAAGUGCCAACAGUUGCUAAAGAACUGUGUUUGUUCUGUUCAGAAUCUGAUACAAUGACUAAGUGAUGCUUUAAUGGUGCUCCCAUUCUCCACCCAAACCUGCACGAAUGUGUUGUCGCUUUGAGUCGCAGGGCCACCCGCGGCACCUCGGCUCGAAAGAACUGCAACCACUAAUGGAUUGAUGCUUCUGUCAACUCAAUAAAAGUGUUUACUGUGUUAAAUGGUCAUCUUUGUAAGUUUACUUCAAAACGCUCAUGGUUACUGUAUUUCAAAGCUCUAUGACAUCGUGGCACACAUUUUAGUAUUAAAAAUGAUGUCCCAUGAUGCCAAAAGAAAAUCUUUCUAAUACUUGUGUAGGCAGUAACUACAUAGCCAAAUAAAUGGACCUUGUGAUGUACUCUCGCUGAGAAAUUUAGUGGACUGCAUUUACAGAGCAAUAAUCUCCUCUCAACCUCCAGACAUCAAUGAUUUCAUAUGUCAAUACACAUCAGAGCUGAAUGAAUUCAGCGAUUGUCACGAGGAUAUGGAUUCCAAGGUUUUCUUACUCUUUCAAAAACAGUGGGAGAAGCGAUUUGAAGAUACUAAAAACAUUGAACCAGAGCCUGCCAGUUCACGCCAAGAAUCUUCCUCACCAGACCAAAAUUUAUCAGAGGUCCCUGGGGCUCUUGUUGACAACAAAUUCAGCAAUAUGUGGAGUAACCUGAAAAGCAAAUGCCAAACUCUAUUUCACAACAACAGUUCAGGACCCACUGAUAGCCGGAAUGAUGCAGAUGCCGUCCACUGUGUGGUGGAUAACAGCCAUGCGGGUAGCUCAGGUGCGGCUCAGGCAUCAGAGGUCGCCGCUUCGUCGAGCAGCCUCCCUCCAGUGCAGAUGGUAACUGUUGGCCGCCGCCAUCACAACUGUGUCUCAGACACGCCUCAGAUAGUAGAGAUCUCUAUCGACAAGGACACAGAGGAUGUGGGUGGGGGGUCAGGGAGUAUCCCCUUGGCUCGCAGAGACUCUUACUCCCGUCAUGCUCCAUGGGGGGGCAAGAAAAAACACUCUUGUUCCACAAAAACUCAAAGUUCUUUAGAAGUAGAUCGGCGGUCUGGACGCCUGCGAGGGAGUGGAAACCGUAGAGACAGGCGCUAUGGUGUCUGCUCAAUCCAGGAGAUGAGCGACUCUUUGUCUGGGGGACGCGGUUUGAACGGUCGGUCGUUGCGCCAGCGACUAAGUGAUACCGUAGGCCUUUGCUUACCACUAGCUGCUAACAGACGCUCUUCCAAAAACCCUGUUGUUUCCAAACGAAAGAUUCACCUGACGGAGCUAAUGCUGGAGACCUGCCCCUUUCCGCCAGGCUCGGAGCUCGCCCACAAGUGGCAUUUGAUCAAGCAACACACGGCACCAGUCAGCCCACAUUCCUCAACUGCCCUGUUGGAUGCCUUUGACCCAGCACACCCCUCACCUGAGGAUGAGGAGGAACGUCUGCGGGAACGCCGCAGGCUUAGCAUCGAGGAAGGUGUGGACCCACCUCCUAAUGCACAGAUCCACACUCUUGAGGCUGCCGUUCCAGGCUCAUCUGUCUACAAACUGGGACCAAAGAUGGCUCCUGGCAUGGGGGACGCACCCGGAGAUGGCCGAGCCACAGGAACUGGUAGUUCUUUGGGAGCGGCAGCCUCAGGGGCUUGUGCUCAGGUGUUGGGGGCCACCGCUUCAGCCCAGGACACGGACUCCGAGGAGGACUCCACAACCCUCUGUCUCCAGGCCAGGAGACCGAAACAAAGGCACGCCUCUGGGGAGGGUCACCUGAGUAGACAGCAACCCGGGCCCUGGAAGGUUCACACGCAAAUAGACUACAUCCAUUGCCUCGUGCCAGAUUUAUUGCAGAUCACAUCUUUGCCGUGCUACUGGGGAGUAAUGGACCGCUACGAGGCCGAGUCGCUGCUGGACGGACGUCCGGAGGGCACCUUCCUGCUUCGUGAUUCGGCCCAGGAGGACUACCUUUUCUCUGUCAGCUUCCGCCGUUACAACCGUUCGCUGCACGCCCGCAUCGAACAGUGGAACCACAACUUCAGUUUUGAUGCCCACGAUCCUUGUGUUUUCCACUCUUCCACGGUCACAGGACUGCUGGAGCACUACAAGGAUCCAAGCGCCUGUAUGUUUUUUGAACCUCUGCUCACAGCGCCUCUACAUCGAACAUUUCCCUUUAACCUGCAGCACCUGGCGCGAGCGGCCAUCUGCCGUUGGACCACUUAUGAUGGGAUAGGAUCUUUGCCGCUGCCGCCUGCCUUGCAGGACUUUCUCAAGGAGUAUCACUAUAAACAGAAAGUUCGAGUUCGCUGGCUGGAAAGGGAGCCGCCGCUAAAAGUCAAAUAGGGGUCUUUGUCCGUUGCCUGUAAAAACCGUGGAGGAAGAUUACACAACUUGAGAAAUGCCCCGUUUAGAGGCUACAUUGACUUGACUCAUUCACCUCUUUCCAGUGGAGGUUGGAAUUAAAAUAUAACAACCUAUACAAGAUUCACUCUAAUCUUUAUUUUAGUUAUUACUUACAGAAAAGCAUAGGAUUAUAUUCCGCACAGUGCUGCCUUGCUAGCACAAACGAUUGAGUUCAAUAUAUAUAAAUACAGUAUAAACAGUCUAUAUUUUGGAUGAGGGCAGAUAGGAGUAACACAAAUAGUGCAACAACACCAGUUACCUCCUUCGUUGUCCUUAGCAUCAGCCUGAUCCCAAAACAUCAACCUGCCUGUAGACCAGCAUGCAUGCCUCCCUGUCCAUCCCCUAAAGGUUCAAACAGCUAUAAAGCCACAUUCUGUAGCUACAUUGUACAGGUCACUUUUUAUGCACUGUUGUUUUUCUUGUCAAAACAUAGUGGGACACAUUUCCAAAAGGGAUUUUAAAGGCCCCCUUCUGUCAAAAUCCUUUUGUUUCCUUAUCCACUGUUUGGUAUGUAACAUUGUUUCAAAUUAGCGUGACCUCGUGGAAGUUAGAGCAAUUGAGGAAUAAAUACCUUCAAUUUGGGGGGACCCUCUUAGAACAAUCCAAUCGGAGCAAAUAUAGCAUAUUAAUGAAUAAUUUGGUUGUCUUAAAAGGGAAAGUCAGAAUUUUUUACAUCAGGCUUAAUCUUCAAGUUAGCAAGGGUUUAAUUUGUCGGUGGAGUUGAUUAAAAAAAAUUCCUUGCUGUUUGUAAAUUAUUUGUUAGUUUCAGGGCUCCGGAGUGGCUAAGCUAGCGCGAGUCAAUCGGGCCAACUUAGCAUGCCGAUAAAAAAAACAACAUAUGCGCACGUGAAAAUAAUCGAUUACCCAUCAAAUCAAUAGUGUUGGCUAUGUUUUCAGGAUAAAUUUAUAAAAACUUACCAUUGCCUGUCAAUAAUUGCAGUAUGAACAGCAACAUUUGUAAAUACAUAAGCUUUGCAGAGGAGCAGGGCGGAGCGUAAUCACAUUGUUUUUUUUUCACCGCUGAUUUUUCAUGUCGUAGCCAGUAGCAAGUAACCAGUCCAGUUUAUAUUGUUCCUCGUUCUUCAUUUGUGAAACUUUCCUUUGCCCAUUUCUUUUGUCUGUUUCCACAGCCUUUAAAUGCACAUUUCCCUAUGUUGCUGGCCGUCAGUUAACUCAGCGGACUGAUGCUGCAUUCGAAGAAGGUGGGAAGUUUCUAACGUCCGAUCAGGAAAAACAUCAUUUGAAUUCCUCCAGUAUUUGGUCGUUUACGAGAAGGGAGGUUUGCUGGUGGUCAAAAUAAAAAACAACUUGUCGUGAUCAGCCAUCUUUGCUGUUUACAUCCGCUUGGAACGCUUUGAGGACGCAACUUGUACCCUCCGAGCGGGAUUGGACCGACUUCCCACCUGUCUCGAAUGCAGCGUGAGCACGAGUGGCCGAAGCACUGCUCUCUAUUGUGGUUGUAUUAUGCAUAAAAAAAUAAUAGUCCUGCAAAAUGACAUUAAUUAGGACAGUUUUUUUUGUGACAUUGUUUUGGCCGCAUAGUUUUUUUGGAAGAAUGAUUUGAAUUUUGAAUUUAUUUGGCUAUAUUGGAUCUGUUUGUAGAUCUGUAUCUUUUUUUAUUGGCAUGCCAAGUUGGCCCCAUUGACUUGCACUAGCUUAGCCACGCCGGAGCCCUGAAGCAAAUUUGUUAAAAUCAACACCCACCAACUAAUUAAACCCCCGCUAACUCGAAGAUUAAGCCUAAUGUAAAAAAUCCUGAGCUUCCGCUUUAACUCACUGACCGCAAUAAACGUCCAAUCUAUUUGAACUACAAGGGUUCCGGCGAUUAGUUAUAAAAUUCACAGCAGAAGGAUGGGGAAAAAAAGCGAAAUAAUUGGAUGCCUGUCAUCGUCAAUGACACUGAUGGUUAACUGCCACCUGAUAAUGUCUUGACAAUUUCAACGCAAAUAUCAUCGGCACUAGAUAAAUUACAUUCAACAUUAUAAAAGUUUUUGAAAUUUGACGCCAGGGGACCUUUAAAGUGUUAUUGUGAAGGCAUCUGGAAGUGCUUUUUGCUGCAUUCUGGGCUUGUCUUACAGAUAAAAGCUACAUAAGCCACAUUCUUAGCCACCUCUUUGCACAUGAGCAUUUGCUAAACAAGAGACAGGGGUGCAUUAUGAUGGGGGGGAAAGCAUCAGGGAAAUUAAAUGCUUUUUAAAGGAUUAUAGAUUAACGACACUUGUAUUUCCAUAAACAGUGAUGGUGAAUGAUAAUAAUAAACCAGCCUAUUGUUUCCUACUUUGUAAGUUAAACUUGUCAACUUCAUUCUUGCUUUAUGGCUUCGUGCUCACACAAUGCUACAGUCACACAUUUUUUUUCUUGGAUGAAAUUAAAAUCCAAACUUUUUCCAAACAUUUUCAGUUCAGUCGAAUUAUGCUUUUUCAUAUAAGGCUUUUAUCACCUUCAUAAACAUUUCUUAUAGUCAUUAGAGGAUUGUUCAUGCCUGUUUUUUUUUUUUUUUUUUUUUUUUUUUAAAUAAACUGAAGGGAUGAUGGUGCAUUUCACAAGACAAUCAAUAAAUGCCGAAAAUUUGAGCUGUAAUUUGUCAUGUGGCUGUGUGGGUCACAAAUCUGAUGGUUGUGUAGGAAGUAUCACUUAUCAAAUAUUAUACUGUGGACCAUUGCAUAUUCACGGUUUGGGAGUCACGCAUCCCUCCGUCCCAAUCCUCCCCUUCUACCCCAUGAAUAGCGGAUGUCCACUGUAGUUGCAAAUUUUCAAAAUUCAUUUUUGGAAACCAUGGCAUAAACCCUUUCUAAAUUACUUAAAAACACAAUAAAUUAACCUAGUUUGGAUGGUUAAUUGUUGUCACCAAGUGAACAUAACAGUAGUCUUGCGGCAUUGAUGAGGCUUUGGAAAACAAAACGUGAUUUGGGCCAUAGUAUUCUGUGCAGUAUCACGCGAUGGUCAAAGUUCAAUUUUGUUGCAAAUCAACCAGUAGGUUACAGUGGGUACCAUGAGAUGUAGUGGUUUUCAUAACAAUGGUGCUGGUAAUUCUUUUGAGUCUAGAGGCCCCAUACUUAAACAAUAUUAGUGUAACCAAUGUGCCUUUGGAAUUUAACUUUUUGAUCAAAAUCGGAGCAAAAUAUGCUUCAUCUCUGUCCAUUGAUGCCAUCAAAUCACAAAAGUAAUGAAUAGGUGCAUAAGAUCCAAGCUCUUACUUUCGGUGCACAUAAGACUUUAAUGGUGCUAAAUGUCAUAAGCUAUAGGAAAUUAUUAUUAGGUAAUUAAAUGCUCUUCUCAGUGUUAUAAUUUCAUCUGCUAGUACUGUACUUUGGCUUUUUUCACUUUCAAACGGCAAGUAGUUAAAUAAAAAAUAAUUCCUUAGUCUCUUUGGUGGCAAAGUUAUAAUAAUUUGGAUCCAAUCACAUUUCUUCUAUAGCAUAUGGCGGAAAACACUCAGGUGACUUGAAGUUUCGCUCUGAGACCCCCAAUUUGGCCAUAUUUCAAAAUUGUCCGAUAUGCAGUGUGAUAUAUCAUUGGAAAGCUUAAAAUCUCAAUUUUCAUGGAGAAGAAAAAUUUUGAACAGGGCAUUUUGGAGGGAAAAAAAAUUUAAACAGCAAAACCCUAGCUGGAGGCGAGAGCAUGAGAGCAUAAUUAAAGACGCCACGAUUUUAACGAGAUAAUAUCGUGUAGUUACCUCUUUUCGAUCCAAAAACUCCAUGUAGCAUGUAUCACAGUGUGUCAAGACACAAUGUAACAAGGGUCAUGAUGCUGAAAUUGCAGACAUCAAAGAGUAGUUGAUUCUUUUUCAUAUAUUUACCCUUUUAAAUGUUUUUUUUUUUUCAUUGUUUGGAUCAUUUAUCAUCUAAAAUAUUAGGGAAAAUGUGACCGUAACAAAAAAAUACAAUUGAGCGAUAGUUAUGAGGUAGAUAUCCGUGACUUAUUUACACACACCAUAUUUUUCAUUGUGACGAAAUUUGUCUAAAAGUUUCAAAUAUGCAAGUGAAUAUAUAUAUAUUUUUUUUAAUUAAAUAUUAGACAUCAAUGAUUCUAAGCUAAAAAUGACAGACAUUUCGAAUAAUAAAAUUACCUUUUUAUGGCUGGGUUGAAACAAAAGUGGUUGAGCGACGUCUGUAAAAGGGGGUUUCCAGGGUAAAAUCGGACAAAUUAAAAAUAGUUCGGGGGCUUAAUGCACCAUGAAUCUGCUAUGGCAGCAUAUAGACAUAUUGUUCUAUCAAACCCAACAGUUCUUUUGGCUUAAAAUACAGCAGUUUAUUUUAAAGAGGGGUGCAAGAGCAGAAACUGCUUUUUCAGUCUUGUCUGUGUUUUCCGCCAUAUACUGGUGACUGUCUAUCAUCAGUGAAAAGAAAACUGAACAUUGUUCACUCCACUUUUCUUUUGCCAUGAAAGAGUAAAAAUGUUUUCACUAGUAGGGUAAUUAUUGGUUAUGUGGUAGAGCAGUCACAUCUAAAUUUAUCUUGAGUAGACAAAGUCGACACUUUCUGGGAUAAUGAUUGGUGGGGUGUAAAACUGGACCCUUUCUGUACAAACCUACACUCUUAAAGGGAACACGAACAGAAAGACUUGCUUGGAAAACCGGGGUGAUGGGGAGACAAACGAAAAACAAGGCAAUGAUGCAACUAACAAUGACUGGAUAUACAAAUUGUCAAAGGGCAUCAAGUCAAUAUUUCGGCAAGCCGCCUAGGAUCGGUUUAAAGACGCUGACAAACUGGAAUUGGAUGCAGGUACGACAUUGGGAACUCAUCCCACAUCCCUGUAACAAAACAAUCUGACCAGCAGCAGAAUGUGACAAAAUCAUGUUAGUCAUCACACUAGCUUUACUUGCUAGCUAGCACAGCUAUUCUCCCAGUCCAGGCCAACCGUGUCAUCAACCCCAGCGUGCAUUGCGCGCGUAAAACAUGGCGCCCACCAUAGGUCAAAACGUACUAAAUAUUAUAGAUUUUUAAAUCAAUGGCAAUAAUAUAUAUGUAUCUAAUAACAUUUUAGUAAAAGAGAACAAUUGUGGCUUAUUAAAGCCCGAGGACCCCUUUAAAAUCUUUGAAUUUCUCCUGUAACAAUUUUUGAAGCUAACUUUUAUAAAAACUCACCACUACUAGUCUCAUCACACAGUGACGUGAUCAGUAACGUAUAAAUUCAAACGUUUACAGUAUUUAAAAGUAGGAAAGUGACUUUCAAAUUUGGAAUAAAUAGAAAUGAAAUCACAAGCAUUACCCUUCAUACCUUUGCUAUCUUGUAUGCUACUGCAUAGCAUUAGCAUAACGCCUAGCCGUUUCACUGAGCAGCAACAAUCUCAGGCAUAUUUAGAAAUUGAGGGUCAUUACAGAUGCUUUUUAACUUUUGGACGUUCAUUUCCAGUAAAUUUUAAGUCCCAUCUCACCACAGCGCAGUGCAUACAGUGUGUACAAUAUCCCAGGAAAACAAAAGAUGGCUACUUUUUCCUGUGUGCCCUUGCUCAUUCUGACUACAAGGUCUUUUUUUUAUUCUUAAAUUAAUAGCACUUUAAUUGUGUGUUUGUGUUGUACAGUGCAACUGGCAAGUAUUAGGGCAGUGAAGCUCUUUAAAUGUCCUUUUCAAAUUGUUUUAAAUAGCCAUAGAUGAGUCCAAAUAUGUUGAUUUGUCGGAGUGUGAUAGGGCAAGUAACUAGAAAUGGGCAUUAGACAAAAAUGUCCUAAACUGACUAUAGAGUAAAUUAUACGUUAUUAUAACAAACACACUUUUAUUAAUGGGGUAGAAAUUUCUGGAUGUAGUCCAAAUUUCCAUGGUUGUUUCGUGUGCUGCUGCAAACUAGUACAACUGAAUAAACAGUUACGAGAAAUGGUAAAGAUGAGAAUAAUAAAACUAGAUAUAGACUUCACUAUCAGUUGACGAGACAGCUCCUACAGAUAUGGCCGGGCCGGGCAGAGCGUUGUGAAGGCUUUCACUGCGAUAAAGUCAAAUACGCUGUGUUCUAACGACGAAUUUAGGUGGAAACGGGACGGAUGUUUUAGUGCAUACAAGCAAGCAGGAGUGUCUCAAGAGUGAUUUGGUCGGGGAUUCAAGAUGAUUUCUAUAUAAAAUAGCACCAUGCAAAAAAAAAAAAAAUUUGCGUAACUUGACAUAUUUACGUAAAACUAAUGACAACUGCUCGUUUUUUUUUUUGCUUUUAACCAAGGAUCUAGACUGUUUUGCGUUCAUAUCUAUAGAAAUUCCGGGAUUUACGCAUUUAUUUCAGAAUUUUCGACUUAAAAAGCUCUUUGUUUUGUGAUGGCCGCCACGUUUGAUUUUGUCUCCAUACACAAUAGCAUAACUUUACAUUCAAAUAAUCAGGUAAUUUUCAGACAACUGCCCAUUUUUUGGCAAACAACUAAUUUAUGACAUUUCUGAGUCCAUACAAAGAAAUUUAGGCUUUUACGUGGCUGGCAAGACGUGCUCAGGCAAUAGUGACAUUGCAAUUCAACCUAAAUAAGUUGUGAUUGAAUAUAGAAAAAUGCAAAAUUAGUUUUUGUCGAAUAAAAUUAAGUUGACUCCGCAAGCUUUCCCCAAGUACAAGUUUUUGAUGUGAAAAUUGAGUGAUUUGUUAGCUGUUAAAAACUUGUGUCAAAAUUGCACUAAAUAAAAAUUGAAGUUGCUAUUUCAGACAAAAACCAAAUCUUAAAUAUUGCUAUUGACCCUGAAAAAAUAUAGGUGAUUACCUCAGCAUUUGGUGAUGUUUUUUUGUGCAUUUAGUAUAAAAUCUGAGAAUUUUAUAGCAAUUUUAAGUUUUGUUAUGUAAAGAAAUAAUCAGGAUUUUAUUGGGGAACGACUUAAAAAUGUUUGAUGCCGCUGCUCAUGAAGACUCAUAUAUGCCUUAGGGAGGUACCUGUUUUGGUUUUAGGUCGCUAGUCGCUUAGGUUUUGAAAAUAUUUGAAUUUUAGGUUUUGAAAAUGGGCCCCCCCAACAGAAGGGGCCAGCGGCCUGUUUCCCGUCAGCUGAUAGUGAAGUCUAUGAACUAGAGUACGUUUCUGUUAUUUGAAAUAUAGUACCUACUAAAGAUGAACGAAAUAAUAAAAUGUUGCUAUUUCAAUUAACCGAUCUGAAUGGCGAAUGAGUAUUUUAUAAUUAUAUAUUGCAUAUUUAAAUAAAACUUAUGAACGAUUUCCACCUUGUUUAAGUUGCUUGGAGUCCAACCCCAGCAACUACCCUUGAAGCCAAUGCCUGGUUUUGAACCAGUCUACUCAACAAAGCUAGAUGGUCUCAUUGGCAUAAUAGCCACCGACUGCACUCUACUAAUGUGUGUGUUCGUAUAAAGCAACGCCUGAAAGUACUGAGCUCAUUUAUUUAGCUUCAGGCAACAAAAGCGUGUGUAAUGGGAGUUUUGCCAUGCUGCCAACUCAGAGUGAGUGUUGAGUGGGGAAUCCCAGUGGAAAUGAUGCAGAGAUGACUGUGAGGAGCCAUGACUCCUGUGAACAACACCUCUGUCCUUCUUCCGCUCUGUUCAAAAUCAAACCGGUCCAUUUCAAAGAGUGUCUCAGGACCCUCUGAACCCAAUCUUUUCCCCAUGGGAAGUAUUUGAUAUUAAUGCUAGAAUAUUACCGCAUAACCGAAGUGACACUCUAGGAGAAACAAAGCGUCAAUUUGAGCUGUAGUGAAGUAAUGAAGCAUGACGGCAACGUUUUGGUGCAUGGACAUACACACUCGCACACAGACAAAACAUGGACCACAUUUAGCUAGCACCAUGUUUGUUUGAUUUCUAAAAAGCAUGCAGCCUACAUUUGAUAUUUUUUACAAAAGGAAAUCAUUUGCUUUUGUUAUUAAGCUGCACUAUGUGGAGCAGUCUUUGUGGCAAGAUACCACCAGGUCAUGAUAAGAGUAAGGCAAGUUGUUUUAAGAAAAGAAUAUUUAAAAGAAAAGUUUCCACAAAUUUAUAUAUUUUAGAAAGUUCAUUUUAAAUGCUAUAUGCAAACUUGAAUAAGUUUUUCAUUUUUACAUCCCCCCAAUAUGCAACAGUCUAAUGUAACAAUGGUUGCAAUCCUGUCACUUUAAUGCUGUAAGUGCACAUGAGUUUGUGUGUGGAUGUGGGUUCUGAGGCAACAGGACUUGACAAUGACGCCAACUAAUGAUUUUCAUUCUGCAGUACGGCCGUGCAUUCCCCCAGACUGCCUUGUUUGUUCUGACCAAUCCCUUUAAAUGUGGGACUGCAGUCGCCACCACUGGCUGGCCAAUCUGGAGUCAGACAAACAUUGCCGUUAUAUUUGCCUCAAUCUCACAGCCACACCUGCCCCCCCCCCCCCCCCCCCCUUUCAGUAAGGUAGGAUUGUGUGUGUGUAAAUGGCAUAAUCAUGUUCAUGUUUCACUGUUUGUUCUGUGUGUUUGGGUCACCGGUCGAUGAGUGCGAGACAGAAAAAAAAAAAGUUUUCCAGUGUAAUCUGUUCAUUUGGAAGAGUUGUAUGAUGCUAUACAUGUAGCUGUCACUCUUGGUGCUUGGCUUCUGCUUCAUUGUCUUAAUAUUCCAAUAAAACCGUUAAGUGUAAACCUGUGAUGCAAUGAAUAGUUUGUUUGUUUUUGUAGUAAGUACUAGAGAUGUCCCGAUCGAUCGUGUCCGAUCACGUCAUUUUCAAAGUAUCGGAAUCGGCAAAAAAAUAUCGGCCAUGCCUUUCUUUAAUAUAUAAUUUAAUAUAUAAUAAUAUAUAUAUAAUAUAAUAAUAUAUUUAAUAUAUAUAUAUUUUUUUAUUUAAUCGUUUUCAAAUUGUAUUUAACGUUACAGACAUAAUAUGUUACACUCAUCCAGAGUCUUUAGUUUAAGCUUAAGGUAGGGUUAUCAAGUUUAUCCCAAUAAUUCAUUAAAAAAAAAAAAGUAUUACAUUAAAAUAUUUAACGCAAUUAAUGCAUGCGCUGCAGGACCCACUCAUGCAUUGUCGCACUCAAUCUGUAAUGGCAACAUUUUACCUAUAAAGAGAGGUAAAAGGCAGCGUAAAAUGACUAGAGUAAAUUUUGGCAGCCUUUGGAGCCUUUUUUUAAUUGGCUAAAGCCUUACAUUCCCUCUCCCUCUGAUUAGAAAUAUCAUGGGAAGCAAUGUGGGGAAGCAAGGUAGCAAUUGAUCUUUUCUUAACACCUUACGUUAUUUCCCAACGCAGAGAAGAUAUAUCAAUUGGUAGCACUACGCACAGUCAUGGUUCCACUUCCCAUCAUGCAUUUGGGCAUGCCAACAGUAUCAUUUACUGAAAGCUCAACAAAUGCACUAGAUGGCAAUAUUUAGUCACAAUAUACAAAGUCACAAGUCCUUCUAUCCGUGGAUCCCUCUCACAGAAAGAAUGUUAAUAAUGUAAAUGCCAUUUUGAGGAUUUAUUGUCAUAAUAAACAAAUACAGUACUUAUGUACUGUAUGUUGAAUGUAUAUAUUCGUCCGAGUUUUAUUCAUUUUUUUCUUAAUGCAUUGCCAGAAUGUAUAUGAUCGGGAAAAAUUAUCGGGAAUGAUUGGAAUUGAAUCGGGAGCAAAAAAAAGCAAUCGGAUUGGGAAAUAUCGGGAUCGGCAGAUACUCAAACUAAAACGAUCGGGAUCGGAUCGGGAGAAAAAAAAACAUGAUGGGAACAACCCUAGUAAGUACCCUAAUUUUCGGACUAUAAGCCACUACUUUUUUCUCUCAUUUUGAGUCUUGCACGUUAUAGUCCAGUGCUGCUUAUUUGUUGAUUUAUUUGGCUUGAUAGGUAAAACUUUAUUUGAGGGCCGUGUCAUAAGACUGCCAUAAGACCGUCAUAAUUAUGAGAUGACACUAUCAUGGGCUAUAAUGACAUUAUUAAUUAUGUGACUAACUCAAUUUAUGUCCAGCUCGGAUCUUUACAUCCCUUCAAAAGUGAGAUCAUUUGCCGGAUGACCCAAAUGACAUCUGUCAUAAGCAUUCAUUAAUGUUCAUGGCAGUGUCAUGUCAUAAUUAUGAUGGUCUAAUGACAAGUCUUAUGGCGCUACUGUCAAAUAAAGUACCAAAUGCUAGCAAUUAAUGAAACAACUGGUAGAGUAACUAGGGGUGUAACGGUACACAAAAAUCUCGGUUCGAUACGUACCUUGGUUCUGAGGUCACGGUUCGGUACAGUAAGAAAACAAAAUGCAAAAUAUAAAUGUGCUAGUUGUUUAUUACACACCUUUGUGCUUUCAACAAUAGGAUAAUUAGCCUAUACAAAGCUAGAAUUCUGCUCAAAAAGUGUAUUUAAAGAUAAUCCAACAACAAUUUGCAACAAGAAAAAAAAGUCCUGUGCUAAGGCAAGGCAAGGCAAAUUUAUUUAUAUAGCACAAUUCAACACAAGGCAAUUCAAAGUGCUUUACAUCACAUGAAGAUCAUAAAAAUCACAUUUAAAUCAAUACAACCCUUAAUUCUGGUUAUAUUUUUUUAGGUGGUAAUAAGCGGAUUUAGUGACGGACUUUAGAUGGCUAUCAAAUUUUAGGUCUGAGUCAAUAAUUACACCAAGGUUUCUGACUUGAUUUGUAGCUGUAAGUGACAUUGUGCUUAGUUGCCUGCUUAUCUUUGACCUUUCCUUGCUAAAGAGAAAAGCAAUCCCAAUGACAAAGAUUUUAACAUGUAUUUUACAAAUGAAAUGCCUCAAUGAAUCAUUUUUCCCCUUAUGAACAGUUUUCAAAAGCUUUAUU